GCUUUGCUUAUUAAAGGUCCUGACCAACCAAUCAGGUCGGACCUUCCAUUUUGUUUCAGCUAAAAGGUUGUCUCUUGGACUCCCUCCCCUUCUUCGCUCUCUUUAGCCUUUUUUCUCCCUAGGUCGCCUUGUUGAGGCUUCGUGUUGUUUUAGCUCGUCUUGUGCUUUUGGUUUGUAAUUUGGCCGUGGUUAGGUAAUUGGCUGGUUAAAGGCACCAGGCAGGCGCAGCCAAUCAGCGCACAGCUUCCAUUGGGCUUGAGUUAUUAGACGCUGAUCUAAAAACAUCCUUCAGCAGACAGCUAAGGAGAGGCCAACAGAUCAGGCAGCCAUUUUUCUGCAAUGGAAUUAAAUGGCCAACUGGGUUUUCCUUUGUUCCAAAAGGGGAUACUUGAUUUGAAUGAAUCCACACCAUCUAUUUCAGGACUUCUCAGUGUUUGUGUUAAUGUCUGACAACAUUUAGAGGACUCAAAGGAAGAAGGAAGAUUUUAUUAAAAGAUCUGGAUUUUUCCCUUUGAUUUGGAACCUUUGCCUUGUAUAUAACUAGGUCAUGGCACGCCCUUAUGUCAGCAGUAACAAUUUUGAGUUACCAAAAAAACAAUAUGCUCCUUCCGUAUUUGAGAAAUACACCACCAGCAUCACUGUGGGCAAAAAAGAAGUAAUCCUGCACUUAUACGACACUGCAGGACAGGAGGAUUAUGAUCGCCUACGACCAUUGUCAUACCAGAGCACCAAUGUGGUCUUAAUAUGCUAUGAUGUCAUGAACCCUACUAGCUUUGAUAAUGUAUUGAUUAAGUGGUCCCAUGAGGUAAACCAUUUCUGCCGCGGAAUCCCUAUAGUCCUUGUGGGUUGCAAAACAGACCUCCGGAAGGACAAAGAGCAUCUGCGGAAACUCCGCUCAGCUCAGCAGGAGCCGAUCACUUAUACCCAGGGUGAAGAAGCUUGUCGACAGAUGAACGCAGACGUUUAUUUGGAGUGCUCCGCCAAGUUUCGUGAAAAUAUUGAAAACGUUUUUAGAGAAGCAGCCAGUAUUGCACUCAAUGCUAUCAAGAAGGCCAAGUGGCAGACAAAAUCGAGGCCAUGCACCAUAUUAUGAUAAUGUGGUCAUUUCGGAGUGCGGAAAAGCAAGAUGGCGGUUCAUUUCUUUCAAAACCCCUCCAUUUUAAUUGACUGCUUCUCCCUUUUACUUGGAUAUUAAGGGGAAACCCAACUUAAAUCAGUAAUUUCUGCUUUUGUUAUACCUUCUCAUCUGAAGGCUGAACACUGGAACAAGCCCUUCUGUUUCCAGCAGCUGCCAGAAAUGGUCAGGGUCCUAUCAUUAUACUAGUUGGAUGGGUAAUUCAGCUGAGGUCUGCAGGACCAGAGCUUUGCCAUUUUUAAAUGCUCGUGUUCUUGCUUUGCUUGUGUUCUUAAUGGACCUAAGUUAGUCAAGUCCAUUAUUUCGAAUGGGUCUCCUCUGAGUACGACUAACAUUGGCUAAAACCCCAAGAUGUGGUCUAUUAAAUGGCUGCAACAUUCACAUAGGACAUGUCAUUCUCCACCCCUUUUCGUGGUGGUCAUGUUAAAGGCAUUGUAUCAGCAAAAGAGGACACAGCCCUUCCUUGUCUACCUUGUGGCAUAUUGGAAACUCUUCAACAAAAGUUGUAAACAGUUUCCAGCAAUCAAACUUAACCUGUAGGGUUAAGUAAAUGAUACCUCAGGUUCAAUAAGUGGUCUAAGGCUAGCAUGGGGAACCUGUGUGGCACGCCCUGGUAUUGCUAGCUUCCCAUCAGCCUCAGAGGGCAGUGGUGGCUGCAUGUCAGUGGGGCAGUGGAAUCCGCUUCAGAUUUUUGUCUGAACUUUCAAGAAAUUGUCGACUUGAACAGCUCCUUGAAAGCUCAGACUAAAACCCGAAGCAGAUUCCAUUGCCCCACUAGCCACCACUGACAGCCAGCUUGGUCAAGGACAAAGGAAGCUGUAGUCCAGCAACAUCUAGAAGGCCACGCUGCUUCAGACCUGAUCUAGGGGCACCUCAUUCCAUAGCAUUAUUAAUGCUAAACAGCUGUGGAUCUGCACAGGAUACUCCUGUAAUCCACCCUCUCUCAGCCAUAAAUGCUUCUUUAAAAAAUGUAUUUCAUUUCAUACUGUAUACCUACCUCAAAAUCUGUCCUUAUAAAAAUACAGCUGUGAGUAGAAAGCUCAUUCUGUUUGAAAACUGGAUUCUUUGCUCUCCCAGUCCCUUUGGUUUCCCUUACCUUUUAAAACUGGACUUUUCAACAGAUUAUAAAAAAUUGGUUUUUUAUAUAAAGCACCAAUUGACAGAAGGCGGCAAAUAAUUGUAUUAACAUGAAAGGGGGGGGAGAAAGAAAAAAGUGGCAAUGGGUGUAUCCCUUGAAAUCCUGGAUAAGAUUAUUGUGACAAUCAGUUACACAGGGCAAAAGUCAGUCUCCGUUGAUACCCUGUGCACAAAAGAGUUCAUUAAAAGAUUUCAGUCAGCAGAAUUUAGCCAAUCAUAUGUAGCAGGCAUGAAAGAAUGGAGAAUAUUUAGGCUUGCUGCUACACUGAAUGAUGAGCAAAUGAGAAUGUUGCUUUUGGAGCAGAGAGUAAUCAGAAGCCUCUUGGCAAAAGGCACAGCAACAGUAGUGUAGUGGCAAAUUCAGAAGUGCAGGGUCAGUUCAUGAUAGUCCCACCACACCUCACAGCCACACCCCCUUUCCCCAUUUUCUCAUCUCCCUUGCUCUCCAUAUCAUGUCACAAGUCCACACUCCAUUACAACAGACGACCCUAGGAGCCAAACAUGAAAAGGGUGGU